CGAAGCUGUAACCAACGAUUUGUUUUUCUUUUUGAAUUGUUUGUACGUUUUUUUUUUCGUACAAUGUUGAAUUGAAAUCUCCGCACAUAUCAUAUCAUGUGUUCAAAAUAAAUCAACAAGUUGAAAUCGAAUCGAAUGACCGAGAAUUCAUCAAACGAAUUGUUUCACUCUUCUAGAUUGAUUUCAUUCGAUGGUGAAGCGCGAAUUAAGUGAAACUUGGUCAGAGCGAGAAGAAAAAACAGUGAAAUUUCAUUAACGAAUUGAGCCAUUACGUUCUGGGCAAUGCGAGAGGUUUCGAUCGAUCGUUAAUUCAUUUAUCGUCUCCAUUUAGAGUGAGAUACUAUGAUUUGGCAGCAACGAUGAAAAGACGAUUUUUACACAUUUUAAAUGAAUUCACGCUAAAAUUUUGUAAUUAUGUCACCAAUCUAGAUUUGCAUGUUAAUUGAUUUGUUUUGAAUGAAGAGACACUAGAGCAAUAAGUGAAGACCAAAAACAAUUCAUCGAAAAAUCACUUUUAUUUUCUACGAUCUUCAUCUUUUUUUUUUUUCAAACCAGAGGACAGCGUAAUUUUGUCACUUACAAAUGAACAUUGAGGAGCGAAUGAUCGAGAAAGAGCAACAACAACAAAACGACAGCACAAAUGAAAUAGAGAAGGGAAUUCAUCCAACAGGCAAAUAUUAUAGUCAAUAGCGAAAAAAAUUAGCAAACAUCAGCCUUUCGGUACGUAAGCCACUGUUGACUAUGUGAUCAUUUGCAUGUUCCGCCGGCUGAAAAGUGCAACGCGUUACAGCUUUGGUGAAAUGCAGAAUAUUGAAAAAAAAAAAAAAAUGAAAUAAAACUAAAGUAACAACAUGCUUAGCUUAAAUAUUACCAAUAACAAACAGACUCAAUGAGACAUUUUGUGUGAAUUGUGCGAAUUUCGUGCAAUUCCAACCGUGUUUAUAAUAACAAUUUCACUAUUUAACGCUAACUACACAUACAGUUCCGAUAAAUGGUCAUUGCCCAUAAUAAUGUUCAUAAUUUCAUUGUGGUAUUGGUAGAAAUAUGUUCAUAUGAAUAUACGUUGUUUAUUUUUCGGUAAUAUGUUCAAGUGCUUUGGCAUCAAGUCUCGUCGAUGAACAGCUCAGCACAGCACAGCACAGUGCUGAACUUCACCGACACCACACGGCACGACACUCACAUGCAAAGCCAUAGCGCAACGCAUUAUGUGAUUGUCUAGAUCAGAAGAGUUGGUUGCGUUGGAAGGGGAUCAGUUAAAAUGGAAAAAAAGAUUAUAUAUAAGAGAGGCGCAUAACCUUUUUUGAAUCUUUAGUAGGAAAUCGACCAUCGACUUCUUCAGAUCAAUUAUUUUUAUGAGGUCUGAGUUAAAAUUUUCGUGUUAGAGUGAGUGGAUGAGAGAGGUGAAAGGUGUUGAACAGAAGAAAAAGUUAAAAAAAAAGAAAAUAGUAAUUGAACAAAAUGAUCGUUAAUUACUUUCGUGAAGUUUAAUGCGCACACAGAAAAGCAAAAAGUUUUAUUUAUUCAAAUCGUCGGUUAAGUGCAACAUGAAUUAACGGAUAAACUCAAUUUGAAUUCAGAAACCGUUAUACCAAGUAUUUUAUUCAGAUCAAAAGAAAGAACAAAGUAAAAGGCAAACUUUUCGAAUCACAAUUUGAAAAAAUCGAUUUUAUCGUCAAUAAUUUCGAUUGACCGUCAUUCAAAAGGCUUAAAACGAAAAAAAAAAUUAGACAAAAUGACGAAAACCGAUCAAGUCACCACCAUCACCCACUUGAAAUUGGCUAAAAAUGCCACAGUGAACAUAGUGGAUGCCGAUUAUGAUCAGCAAAAAUGCCAAAUCGUACAAGAAGAUCUGCAAAAUAAUAACGAAAUCAAGUGUGGAGUUUUGUGCGAUUACAAAUAUGAAUCGGGUCAGCCGAAAACAGAGGAACAGUUAGCCAAUGAGCCAGUUUUAACAUUACCACCUAAGAAGACCAAAUUUCUAUGGAUGGAAUUUGAUGCACCGCUCAAAUGGGAUAACAUAUCCGGAAUCAUUAUCAUACAUGCUUUAUUUAUUUAUUCGAUGGUUUGUGGAGAGCCGUUACCAAAAUUCUGGCAAACAUAUGCAUGGGGUUUUUUUAUAGGUGGAAUUAGUGGAUUUGGUGUGACCGGCGGAGCACACCGAUUUUGGACACAUCGUUCGUAUAAAGCAACAACACCAUUGCGUAUCAUUUUAAUGUUGUGCUUUACCGUAUCCGGUCAAAAUUCAAUCUAUGAAUGGGUUCGAGAUCAUCGUGUGCAUCACAAAUUCUCAGAAACCGAUGCCGAUCCGCACAAUUCGAACCGUGGCUUCUUUUUCGCACACGUUGGCUGGCUGAUGAUGCACAAGCAUCCAGAGGUGGUUCGUAAAGGAAGAAUGUUAGAUUUGAGUGACAUUAUGGAAGAUCCAGUCGUCCGAUUCCAUCAAAAAUGGUUUAUUCCCAUGAAGUUGUUGCUUUGCUUUAUUUUGCCUGUUGUGAUUCCGGUUUAUUGGUGGGGAGAAAGCCUUUUCUGGGCAUUCUUCUCACAAAUUGUGAUUCGGUACACCCUUUCGUUGAACUUCACAUGGCUUGUGAACAGUGCUGCUCAUAUGUGGGGUACACGUCCAUACGAUAAAAAAAUCAACCCAGUUGAAAAUAUUGCCGUAUCAAUUGCUGCUAUGGGUGAAGGAUGGCACAACUAUCAUCACGUAUUCCCAUGGGACUAUAAGGCCGCCGAACUGGCACAUCGUAUCAAUAUUACCACAUUUUGGAUUCAAUUAUUUGCUCGAAUUGGCUGGGCCUACGAUCUCAAGGAACCAUCAGCUGAAUUAGUUCGAAAAACCAUCCAAAAAUGCGGUGAUGGAACGCAUCCAAUAUUCGGUCACCAUAUGAGCGAGGUGCCACCACCUGACGAUAUGAUGGAGUCAAAUGAUCACUUGAAAUCAUCAUAGGCAUGCCGACGACAAACACAAAGUGCAUAUAUUUACAAUUCGAAAUAAAUAUUUUUAUAAAUCUAGAUAAUCUUCCUGCGCCUUGCGCGUUUCCAUUUUACGAAACUUCGGAAAUUAUAAAAUGAUGGCAAAUUUUUUUUAUUUAAGAAAAAAAGAAGAAAUUUGUUUGUGAUGACACAUAGCAUACAAACAAACAUGGAACAUAUUAAAGUAGUAUUUACAAAAAAAAAAAAAAAAAAAAAAACGUAACGAUGUAUUUAUGGAACCAGCAUAGUUUCUUUUAUAUUUGCACGACCUUUUUUUUCUUUGGUACCAUCACGGAAUUAAGGUGUUAAUUCAAAAUAUUCAAGCAAAAUAUAAAUAUUACUAAUAAUAUAAACACGAAUUCGUUUUUCAAAGCUGAGCAAAAAAAAAGAGAAGAAGAAGCACAAUUGGAAACUUUUUUUUGUAAACGAUAUGUGUGCAACAACCAACAAACCAGCUGACAAUGACGACAACAAUGAAGUAAUUAUAAAUCAAUUAAUUUUGUGGAACGAAAGAAAGAAAAAGAAAUCGUACACAUUUCACAAAAGACCUUUAAUAUUUUAGAUAAGUUUAGGUAAUUAUGAAUGAUUGAAUCCUCAUCGUAAUUUGUAACACAAAAAUAUAUGUUAUGGCAAAUUGAAUUGUGAGGCGAUUAAUACAAAUUUUAAUAAAAUUUGAAAAUUAGUUUGCUAAAAAUAA